AAAUACAUUAUCAUUAUCAUUAUUAUUAUUAUUAUUAUUAUUAUAUUUUAAUUUUAUUUAAUUUAUAUUAUUUAAAAAUAAAAGAAAGAGGAAAAAUAUAUUAUGUAAUAUAAAAUAAAUUUAAGAAUGUUUAUUUUGAUGACUUUUUAUUUUUUAGAAUGUUAUUUAAAUAUUACAUUCAAUUUUAUAAUAAAUUUUACACGAACUCUUAUGUUAAAAAGCACUUCUAAUAAUUUAUAACCCAAACACUUAACUAUAUUUUUAAAAAAGAAAAAUCAAGCCAGAAAUAGCUUCUACAAAGGCUACAGCUGGCCAAACUGGCCCUAUAUGGUGUAAUCAUUAUCAUAUCCGUGUUAGUUGUUACUGAUCAUAAUUUUUGUAAAUUUCUAGACUUUUUUUUUUAAUUCAUGGAUCAGUAGUUGUUUAAAAAUAGUACAUUUAUUCACAUUAAUACCGAUCCUGGCUUUGGAGCCGUGCUUGCCGGAGACAAAUAGACAAUUCACCUAAAAGCUUCAAAAUUAUAACCUUAGACACCGCUGCAAUGUACCGUACUCGUGUGUGUUAUUUAUUUCAACCCAAAAAUAAAUAUAUUAUGUGGAAGCCAUUUCAGCUUUUGAUGGUCGAUUAUAUACGGAAAAACAUAAUUGACCGUCAAUUUUAAGGAUGGACAUAAAUUUCGGGCCAAAUCGUCUCAUGUUAAAUUAAAUACAUACAUAUUUGAGUCGGUGAAAGGAAGAAUUGGGGAGCCGUAUUAUAAAAAAUAUGGGGUUAAUGCGGAUGAAUUAGGCCGGUUCCCGGCGGGCCGAAAGAAGGGGGAAAAAAACUAUAUAAGCCGUAAUAACUAAACUAAACUAACAACGGCAAAGAAAAGGAAGGACGGGAGUUGGUGAUAUUCGGUUUCGCUCCAUCAUCGCGGGAGGGCGAUUCGCAAUCGCGCGCUCGGCAAUCGGCGAUCUCGCGGCUGUAAGGUGCGUCUCUCUUCUUUAUCGAUCAGUUGUGUUCUUUAUUAGCACCUCCUUCGAUCAGUUCGGUUUCUUGAAAUAUUUACGUAGUUGUUGUUUUUUUAAUUAUUAUGAUCUGUUGGGUUGGGUUUCUUGAUUAAUAUAUUGCUGCUUCCCAUUUCUUUCUUUUCUGUACGCAGAGUUCAACGAUCGACGGCCCUAGCAUUGACGCCGCCGUCCAGAAAAGGGAGCAUACCAUAACUUAAGCUUGCACCUUUUUUACUUCUGCUCUCUCUUUUGUUUCAGUUUUUACAGGCAACGAUGGACCCGCGGGAGAUGAGGACGGCGAGGUUGAGAGAGCUGGAGCUAGAAGCGGUGGAGAUCGAGGCCGCAAGUGGCACGCGGAUCGCUGUGGCCCGGGAGCGCCUUCGGCUAGCCACCAACGAGUUGCGCCGCGCUGUGGAGCAAUACAUGGCAGGCCGCCCUUUCUUUACAGUGGAGUCCAUGGCGGAUUACGAAUUGGCCCGCGUCCUCCACGGGGAAGGAAUGACCUUUAAGAUCAGGCUGUACAGAGAGGCUCUGGGAAGCGCGCUCUUCAAUGAUAUUAAGGAGAUACUGACUUCACUGGACGUUGAGAUAGCGUGGGAUACUGACGAGCCGCCCCUCACCCUGCGCCAGCCUUACGACCACUGGGCGGCCCGCAAUGACUAGCUAGUUCAGUUCGACUAUGCGAUGCGAGAGGUAAGUACGUGGAUGAUAUGAUGAUUAUGUAUAUAUUAUAUGAUUAGAUACGAUCAUAUUCUUUUUCGACGUAUUAUCGAUCAUUCUUUUCUUUCUUUUUUGACCUUCUUUUGCGACGUAUCGUACGUAUGUGUGUAUAUAUCAAUAUAUUUUCGUAUCUAAAAGCCCAUCGAAAUUGUGAUUGUGGGUGGGUAGCCGCUGAUGGUGAUUGGGCUUCACUUUCAAUUUACUUUUAGGGCCCCCGGCCCAGUUCUCAUCAACCCUUAUCCAUCCCAAAUCCCCAUCUAACCAACCCAUCUUUCGCUCAACGUUUGGGUCAGGGUCAGGGGUUUCUCGUUUCGGCCUGAUUGGGCUUUUCGUUUGGUAAAAUAAUGUGUCCCUUUUUUUUUUAUAAAAGAACGCAAUAAGGAAAGAGCAGUACAACUAAUGCCACAGCAACCAGAAUUUAGAACAAAGUCUGGAGACUCCCCAUUCGAUUCGAUCAUUAACCUGUUGUUGACUUGGUGAAGACGUGAAGGAUCAAGAAAGAUCCCUUGUUGUAAGAAGGGGUUUCAUAUAAUGGAAUGGAGUCCUGCAAAAUUUUGAUUGCAAUCACAUAAUCCACAAUUUUUUAGCAGCAACGACAUAUGAGAGGUUUUUCGUUGCAACAAUGCCGCUUAACAUAUUUAUGGCACUGACCUAUAACAAUUAACAACGGUCCAGUUUCUCAAUACCAUCUAUCAUCACAGUCGUCAGCUGUAUAGCUACAAACCAUUCAACAAACAGAAAAACACACAAAAUGAGAAAAAGACGCCAAGUCCUAAACCACAUUAAUAGUUGGUCUAGGUUGGCAACACUCCUCGUGUUCCUUUGCCAGGAGAUUCCAGUGACAGGUACUUGGAAAUACAGAUCGAUUCAGACAUGUGUAAGUCCUACCAACCCCUCCAUUGUUGUUGUUGUUGUAUCUGCUCACAUCUGCUGCCACUCCAUCUUUGCUGCUGCUCGAAGUUUCGGUCAGCAUCCCAUUUCAGAGCUUUGUCUGGUAACACGAUAUGAUAUGGCAAUCAGAUACUCCCAAUCCACCUCCUCAGAGACCACUUUGCACGGUAUCCAAAUAAUCUCCAAUCCUUUCCUGCAUACUUAUUCACAAACCAGAACAUGAAUAAGGUAAAACAGAGAACAACAUCACAUCAAUCAUGAACAUGAUUCAGACCCCAAAUACAGAAGGAUAACUAUCAUCAACUAACUUCUCACACGGCUCAACGUGUGGUAACACAAACUCAAACUACAUUGUAUUGAUCAACUCUCGGUAGAUUCUCCAAAUUUUCAAUAACGCGAACCUCAAAGUAACACACACAGAUGAUCAGCUCCUAGAAGUUGAGUUUCACAAAUCGUCUUGUCUAAAAAGAAACCGACUGACAAAGCUACAUGAUGUUGAUUUAGAACCUCUGCUAAAAUUUAAAACCUCUGUUGCAAGCCUAAUGCGUAAUAAUAACGCCCCAAUAGCAAA